AUGUCUCAGCAGCUCGCCUUCCACGACGUGUCGAACGACGCGAUUCAGCACAUGCAGGCCAGUGAGGCGCUGCAGAAGCACCUCGAGAAUGCCCAGCUGGCGCACCGCGUGUGUGUCGCCAAGGCGCUGAAGGCGAAUGAGCCGCCGGUGGAGAAGUGCGCACUGACCUGGGGCGAGGUGGUGAUGCGCUACAAUCAGUGGUCCGAGUACCGCCCUGCUUUUCAUGAUAGCGACGCGCAGAAGAGGUACUCGAAGUACUGGACCAAGAAGCGCCAGGCUGCCGACGACAGCCACCCGUAA